AACAAUAAUUUCAAUCUUAACUAUAUUGCUAAUAUGAACAAAACUCCAGUUUGUUUUGAUAUAGUGGGUGUUUUUACACUCGAUAACCAUAGUGUUCAGUCAGUACUUAUAUGUAUAACAGACAAUAAUAAGAACCAAUUUACUUGUGUUUUAGAAGUAAUAGCAGACAAAUUGAAACUCUUGUCAAUAAUUAUCUUUAAAGAAAAAAGAAUACUUAAAGGGAAUUAUCCACUUGGUGUAGUUGUUAGAGUGUAG